CUGGUGCAUCUUAGGGUUUAGAGCUUAACUGCCGCCGAGCCUCCGCCGAAACUCACCUUCGUCUCUCCGAGCAAUCAAUCAUGGCCGAACAGACCGAGAAAGCUUUUCUGAAGCAGCCUAAGGUGUUCUUGAGCUCGAAGAAAACCGGAAAGGGAAAGAGACCUGGAAAAGGUGGCAACCGGUUCUGGAAGAGCGUCGGGCUCGGCUUCAAGACCCCGAGGGAUGCCAUCGAAGGGACAUACAUUGAUAAGAAAUGCCCAUUCACUGGGAAUGUCUCUAUCAGGGGACGUAUCUUAGCUGGUACUUGCCACAGCGCUAAGAUGAACAAGACCAUUAUUGUUCGACGGAAUUACCUGCAUUAUAUCAAGAAGUAUCAAAGAUAUGAGAAGAGGCACUCGAACAUUGCUGCACACGUGUCUCCAUGCUUCCGUGUGAAAGAAGGAGACCAUGUUAUCAUCGGGCAGUGCAGGCCAUUGUCCAAGACCAAGAGGUUCAAUGUGCUGAAGGUGAUUCCCGCUGGAUCGUCGUCAGCUUUUGGAAAGAAGGCUUUCACUGGAAGUUAAGUCUAAUUCUCAUGGUAGGGUGAUAUUGUAGAUGGUUUAGGGUGAACUGAUUAUGAACUUUGAGAAGACUAUUAAUGGUUAACGGUGCUGCCCAUUCUGUUG